AUGGAAGAAGAUGAUUCAAAAGUAAAUGAUUGGAUUAUUGUUAAAAAUGUUCUUUUAGGAAAAGGAACUUUUGGUAAAGUUCUUCGUUGCCAUCGAUAGGAUAAUCCAAAUGAAUUAUUUUGUAUUAAGAUAAUUUCAAAGUUUAACAUUGCUUUAAGAGAUGAUGAAAUAAAUAAAUCUAUAUCAAAUGAAAAAAAUGUAAUUUAAAUAUUGGCCUAAGCAAAAGAGUAAGCUGAAAAUAUUGUAUAAAUUAUAGAAUUAAUUGAUAAACCAUAAAACAUUUAUAUAAUUAUGGAAUUGUGUGAUCAUGAUUUAUAAAAAGAAUUUGAUUUAAUCAAACCUAAUUGGUUUACAAUUUAAGAAUAGAUAGAUAUUAUUCAAUAAAUUAUAAAAGGAGCAUGUUUUUUGAAAGACAAUUAAUUAAUUCAUAGAGAUAUAAAGCCCCAAAAUAUUCUUGUCAAAAUUGUAACAGAUAUAGAUCAAAAAAAAAGAAAAAUUUUUAAAGUAAAAUAUGAAAUAUUGAAUUUAGAUUGCAGAUUUUGGAUUAUCAAGAACUUUAGAAAAUAUGUAUUAAAAAAGAAAUCUUACUUUAGUUGGAUCCAAGAAUUACUAUGCUCCAGAAAUCUAUUAUCAGAUAUAAUUUUCAGCAAAGUGUGAUAUAUAUUCAUAUGGUUUACUUUUCUAUCAAAUAGCAUUUUAAGGAAAACUACCCUUUGAUGAAAACGAAGGAUAAAUGGAACAUUUUGAUAGAAUUAAAAACACAAAUUUUAAAUGUAAUAAAAUUUAAGAAAAAUACGGAGACUUGAUAACUGAUCUUAUAGAGAAAAUGGUAGUUUUUUCAGAAGACAACAGAAUUGGUUUUGAAGAAUUAUAGAAACAUAAUAUAACAAAUUUAUAAUUAAAUACGGAUAGAGACUCUAUUUUCAUUCCUAUUUGUGAUGUCAAUACAGAAUAAGAUAUUUAAGCCAAAGAAACUAGAAAUUAAAAAUAAAUAUCAGAAAACAUAUAUAAAAUAAUGAAUAUCUAUUAUCGUAAAUUUCUAUUAUGUUAACAUAUUAGAGAUCAUUUAAAAUCAAAAUUUUAAACUCUAGAUUAAUAUCUAAAAAUCCUUCUUCUAUUAAUUGGUUGGAUUGGAUUUAUUUAGAUCAAACAUGCAUUUUCUCUAAUUAAAUAAAUUUUUACUGACUUUGAAGGAAUUUUAGCUUAAUCUAUUUAAUUACCUCUUUUAUUAUAAUAUUUAAAAACAUAUAGAGAAUAAGUAUAGAAAACUGAGUAAUAUUAGAUGAUCAAUUAGACUAUUUAAUAAACAUAUUAUCAAUUUAAUAUUAUAUUAAAAAAUGAAUUUAAUGCCCUUUUAAUGUAAAUUUAUUAAGAUACAAAUAAGAUGAUUCUACAAAAAUACUAAAAAAAUUUAGAAUAGAAAAUAUAAUUAAUAAAGAGAUUAGAAAUUUAAAAUAUAAACUGUAAUAUAUUAUAUAAUGAAUUAAAUGAUUUGAUGAACAUUGAAAUAUAUUAAAACAAAUAAAUAUUUGAUUAAAAAGGUAAAUAAUCUAUAAAUAUAUAUAUUAGAUUUAGAUUUAAUUAAAAGUAUUGAAAAUCUCUAAAAAAAGUUUCAGAUUGUAGAUUAUAUUACAAUUGAUGUAAAUUAAAUUUUUGAUCCAAACCAAAAUUGA